AUGGCCGACCAGCCCUCUGUGGCUUCUCUCGUCUAUUCGGUUUAUGGGUAUGCUGCACGGUAUGAGGAGAUGGUGUUGGUCCAGCACCCACGUCAAGAAAAAAUGACGAGUUGCGCCGCUGGUUUACGGAGUUUGUUCCAUCUGCUACGUGCGCGCGAUAUCAAUUAUCACGAGCGAGCGAUCGACGAAGUCGGCGAGUAUAAGAGGGCCGCGCCUGUUCGGUUCAUGUUCUUCCGGGAUGGCCUUUCCGAAGGGGAAUACAGCAUCGUUGGUCAAGAGGAAAUCGGGACAUCACAGCACCAUGCACGAUUCGUCCCGAAGAAUAGGAACGAAUGGGAUAAGUCUGGGAAAUGCCCUGUAGGAUUCGUCGCCGACCAGGGAAUUUGCAAUCCUGCAAUUCACAAUUUCUACUUGCAGUCGCAUCCAGCAGACCGAGCCAUUAGAUCACACUGA